AAAAGACAAAAGCUAAAGAGGAAUCAGAAUCAAGCAUCCGGUUCCAAUAAACGCUAAUAGGGUUGUCGAAUUCACGCCCAAAUCGGUGAGAGGAGACAGAAGACAGAGAGAGAGAGAAAUGGAAGGAUGGGAUCCGAGCACGAAGUCGACGCUAACGCGGAUUCCGCUUCUGACGACAAAGGCAGGGCCAAGAGACGGCGAUGCAUGGAAGCAGAGGCUUAAAGAAGAGUACAAGUCUCUGAUCGCUUAUACCCAGAUGAACAAGUCCAACGACAACGACUGGUUCCGUAUCUCCGCCGCCAAUCCCGAAGGCACUCGUUGGACUGGAAAGUGUUGGUAUGUUCACAAUCUCCUCAAAUACGAAUUCGAUCUGCAAUUCGAUAUCCCUAUCACCUACCCUGCUACUGCUCCCGAGCUUGAGCUGCCUGAAAUCGACGGCAAAACUCAGAAGAUGUAUCGAGGUGGGAAGAUUUGCCUGACUGUGCAUUUCAAGCCUCUCUGGGCUAAAAACUGUCCUCGGUUUGGUAUAGCGCAUGCACUUUGUUUGGGGCUUGCUCCAUGGCUUGCUGCAGAGAUUCCAAUUCUUGUGGACUCAGGCAUGAUUAAGCACAAAGAUGACACUGCCUCAUCUGCCGAAUCUUAGUCUUUGAAUCUCAGACUUGAGGUGUUUAUCAGUAAAAGCUGAACUCAGAAAUGACCUAGGUGGAUGGAUGCGUCUGCCCUAUAAAACGCUUACAUGAAACCCAAUAAAGAUUUUAAGUUAUUGCAAUGUUCUUCUUGAAAUACUUGUACAAGUUGAGAAUAUAUGUUCAUUCCUACUUUGGAACCGGUUCGUGCAAGGUGUGGAUAUGCUAUUACGAACCAUCGUAUAUGAUUGCUUUUUUGUUU